ACACAUUUCUGGUUUUAUUUCUCAGUUAGGCGUGAGACCUUUGCUCGGAUGACUGUCUAGGAAACUGAAAAAUCAAUCACAGAGAGACAUUAAUGAAAGGAAAAGGAGCAACACAACAACCGUGACAUCAACAUGAACUUGGGUUUCUUCUUCACCAUCACCUUUCUUAUGUUUAGCACAGUCAGCGGAUGUAAGGUAGACGUCCAACAGUCGCCGGAGCUGAUCAGAGAAAAGCAGGAUCAGUCCGUGUCCAUCCCAUGCUCCGUCUCCGUGUCCAGCUGUCCAAAGAGCCAGCCUCACAUCUCUUGGUAUGUGUUCAGGAAUGACUCUCACUACCAGCUCGAUUUGAAAGCCCACUCGCUGAAGUACACACUGGAGCAACAGGGCCUGAAAAUCAGCUCUCUGUCAGAACCAGACUCUGGGGUUUAUCUCUGUGCAGCGGCUCUGCUGGAUGUGGCUCACUAUGGGGCGCAGGCAAUCGGACGGGGAACCACUUUAAAAGUCUCAGAGACGAGCUUAAAUGUCUCUCAAGCACUGUUGUUGACAUUGCUUGUCCUGCUGACUGUGUACAGCCUCCUCGUCCUGGUCAUCAUCAUCUGCAUAAAGAUUGGAAAAUUCGAUUUAGUCUUUAAAAGAAGAUGGAGUAAAAGUGAGAAAAAGGAGAACUCAGCUAAGCAAGUGCUUUUCAGCGGAGUGAUGCAAGAACUGGCCAAGAGGAACUUAGUUGGUGGCAAAAUUCAGUCGCACUACAAAGUUUCACAAGACAAGUCUACAGCUCUUCAGAAUAGUGAAGAUCUUUACCAAAAUCUUGAUGAGUGAAAGAAAACCACUGCCCUGAUCCACACUUGUCCCUGCAAACCUGGAAGCUAUAAUUUGGGGAAAUGACGUUUCUUUCAACAUAUUGGAUUUUUGCACUCAUUUAAAAAAUCGUCAUGUGAAAAAUUAAACUUGAAAUAAACUUGAUGUUGUAAUAUGGUGGUUGGGUGACCCAAGAUUGUGA